AUGAAUGUCCAAUUAAAAGACUCCAGAGUCGAUAAUUCUCCAAUCUCAGAAAAAAGACUAGUAGAUCUGUUCGAAACUCAAUUCAGUCAUCUGAUUGAUCAGGAUACAUACCCUGGCGACAUUAAAGAUCUUUUAACAAAUAAAAUUCUGCAACACUUGAAUAAACAUUCCUCCCGUUUUAAAUAUAUUGUAACUAUUACAACAAUUCAUUCAUUCGGAAAACCAUCCGAUAAGCAUAGUAAUAAUAUACACGAUUUAGAAAUAGAAAAUUCAAUUGGAACCUCAUGGAAUUCCAAAAAAGAUGGGUUAUUCAAUUAUCAAAUUAAUGAUUCUAAUGAAAAUAUGGCUUAUUUGAUCACAUUGCUAUGGAUUGCUAAAUAA